GCGGUUUCAAUCAUCGGGGGCAAAAAAUUGCGGGAAACACACUGAUUGCAAAUGGCGACGAAACGAGCGCAGGAGAAACGAAGUCAGUUUUGCAAAAGUCGUCAGGUUAUCGAAUCAUUUUACGCCAAACACUUUACACUGCUUCGCUAUCUUCGCAAAGUCAAGCACAGAAAAGCCCUACGCCUCAUUCAAGAUGGCGAUCCCGUGGAAUAUCGCGUUCUCCUCAAAUCAACAAUAGUGGCAGGCGAUAGUGAUGAGUCAGCUACACAGCCAUUUAACCCAACACAGACACAGUGGUUUACUUUGAAGGAGAUCAUCAACAGAGUCAUUGAGCUCGUCUGCCGAACGAACAAAGCAAACGUGCUAGCGUUUGGCUUCGAGUCUUUGAAUGGGUAUGGAAAGAAAGGAACGGUGGCUGGGACUAUUGGAAUCCAGAACAGCUAUCCUAACACGAUCGUGAGUUAUUUGAGAACGACGAGAGCGUGGCAAAUGCUCCAUGAGCGCGUCGGAGACGACUUAAUGAUACAUUUGCUUCAGAAUGUGUCUAUGUUUGUGAAGGUUAAAGCAAAGUGUUAUUUCCAAGUGGCUGGUUAUCCCAUUAGUCGUCUAAGUCCUUUGUCAACAACAGACACCACUCCUCAACUCCACAACAAGCCAGUAGUAACACAGUCGGCCGGCGGUGGAAAUGGCGUAAGUACUGUUUUAAAGAGGAAAACAAGACGAGGCGGUAAGCGUACAAGGAGAUAUCGCGAGAAUUCCUCGCAGAGCCAGAAAGAAAAGGAAGAUUUGCCGGACGUGCCCGAUAAAGAGGAUGAAACCCCCGGACAUGAUGUGGAGUCUGUUCGUGACAGUGAUGUGGUCGCAGCUAGGCCAAAUCCUCCCGCAGUAUUAGCAGAUCCUGCUGAAAUGGAUGGAGGCAGUCAUGGCCUUGAUGCGUGUGUAGAUUUCCCUCAAAACAAACAGAAACGUAAGCUUGAAAGCUAUGACAGUGAUGAACAACCUCGAGCUAAGGAAGCAAGGAUGCCUUGCAAUGCCCCCGAUUAUGUAGAUAAGUCUCCAGAGUGUGGUUCAGUGGAGAAACUUGCCACUGAAGCUUCCCCAUUGUUGUUUUCAGGUGAAAGUAGUGGAAAGUCUACUCAGGAAUCUACCCACCCUUGCGUCCGGAAUAGUGAUGUCGAUUCAGCAAAGAAUGUCAUCGAAUUUCCCCUCCAUGAUGAUGUUUCCACUUCUCUCUUUCGAGACAACAUAGAAGAGAAUGCGGCUGAUCAAGAAUGUCGUGAUGAGGUCGAAAAUUAUUUACACCGAAAUGAGGAGAAAGAAUCAAGUGUGAUGUCAGUAGAAAGAAGCGUGGGAACUUUAAAAAGAAAGAAAUCCUCUUCCAAGGGCGCUGGAAGGAAAAACAAAGAUCAGGUUAGACGAAAACCGUGGGAUUAUCUGUUAAAGUUUCUACCCAAACCAGGACAAACUAACUCUAAAAGGCAUCCUCGCGGGGUUCGAAGCGACAAGCAAGCAAAACAGAAUAACAGACAGCAGAGUGAUCGCCCAGCUUCGAAGAAGAAUAGGAAGGGUAUCCGUUUGAACGAAGUUUCCCUGCCACGUGCAAGUUUGUUUUACUCAUCAAACCUUUCCCAAAGGUUUCCUAAGAAACAUGUUAUGGAAACAUCACCUGUAAGUAUGGCUGGAGCGCGCAAACUCUCCCAGCAAAUCUUUUUGCAAGGAAGCUGUUUGACUACCAGUGGACACAGUAGUGGGAUAAUAGGCAGCGAAAAAAGAGAUGAUCAAACUGCUAAGAACGCGACUACAACCUUAACCAACCAUGAUGUAUUUAGAACAGCAACGCCCAUCGCACAGAAGCGAAAGCCAUUACGUUUGCCAAAGAAGCUUAAGAAAAUACAACCACUUCUGCUGAAAUUCCUGGCAAGGCAUAAGAAGUGUCCGUUUAGAACUCUGUUGAGACACCAUUGUUAUUACAACGUGCAGAAGAGAGACAAGAAGAGCAAAAAGAGGAGAAUCUUGCAAAGAAUCCCUUUCAACGUCAAGAUGAUGUACCACAAGCGAUCUUGGAAGGUUGGCACAAAGUCUACCAAAUUCGUGCGUCGCGAAAAGAAACGCGUGGAAGUUGACGCGCUGGUAUAUCGCCAUGCUGUUAACAAUUACACCAAACAUGAUCAAGUUGUGCGCUUUCUGCAAUGUAUCUGCCACAAAGUUGUUCCCAAAGAAUUGUGGGGAUCCUCAGAAAACAAAGCGACGUUUCUUCGGAAUCUUGCCAAAUUCAUCCGUCUCCAUCGAGCAGAAACAUUUACCCUGGGCCAGGUGAUGGCAGGGAUCAAGGUUUCUAGCUGCGAAUGGCUGAAAGACAAAGGAAGCGUGAAGAAGCACAUUCCACUCUCUGAUUCCCUGAAACAGCAGCAGCUGCUUGCUCAGUUUAUCUGGUGGUUUGUUACCAAGUACCUCAUGGUGAUCCUUAAAACCUUUUUUUACGUCACCGAGAGUGGCACUCAUCGCCAGAGAGUGUUUUAUUACAAAAAACUAGUCUGGAGGAAGAUCCAUCGCUUUGGUCUGAACACGUUUUGUGGCGAGUUUUUUAAACCGUUGAAGACUAAAGAGGCGGACGAACUCCUUCGGAGGCCAUCUUCUUUGGGUUUCUCGCUGCUCAGGUUUAUACCAAAGAGCUCCACCGUCCGCCCUAUCACUAACAUGCGACACUGCCCGACGUCCAAGGAAACGAUCAACGCCCAGAAACCGCAGUCAGUCAACUGGAAACUGCAGAAUGUGUUUGAAGUUCUCAAGUUCGAGAGGCAGCGCAACCCGAAGAACCUGGGUUCCAACUUAUUUGGAGCUGAUGAUCUUUACAGAGCACUGAAGCCGUUUGUGGCACGCGUACGCACAAGUUUAGAGCGAAGGCCGCUGUACUUUGUGCACGUGGACGUGAAGAACUGUUACGAGUCCAUCCUGCAUCAGAAGCUUUUUGAUAUCAUAAAGCAAGUGCUAGAGGAAGAGGAGUACCUCAUUCGACGGUUCUCUUUGUUGCGCAUGUCGGCAGGAAAGGUCCACAGGGAGUUUUUGAAACACGUCAGUACUGCAGAUGACUGUCGUUCGUUUCCAGACUUCUUCCGUUCCCUCGUGACCGCAUGGAAGCUGAAGGAAGUGAUAGCUGUGGAUAAUGUGUGGUAUGCGACUGAAGACCGCGACAAGCUGGUAAACAUACUCGGUGAACACAUCUUUAACAACAUCGUCAAGAUCGGAAACAAUUUUUACCAACAAGAGAGGGGCAUAGCACAGGGCUCUGUCUUAUCCACAAUGCUUUGCGGCUACUAUUACAGUCAGAUGGAGAGAACCCACCUAUCGGAAGUAUCCGAGGAUCCAGACUCCCUCCUGUUGAGAUGGGUAGACGACUUUCUCGUGAUCACCCCUCGGAAGAGCUUGGCUGAUAAAUUCCUCAAUGUGAUGCAUGCCGGGAUACCCGAGUAUGGUUGUUUUAUCAACCACGAUAAAACGCUGACCAACUAUGACGUAGUCGCGGCUGAUGGUCGGAAGGUGAAGAGUGUUGGGGCGAGUGAGAGAUUUCCCUGGUGCGGAUUCCUAUUGGAUACAGUGACACUUGAAGUUUCUCCAGACUUGUCUCGGUAUACCGGGCUCCUCUUAAGAGACACCCUGACGGUCUCCUUAAAUGCGCAUCCUGGUGAGGCCCUGAGAAGGAAGCUCCUAUACUCAGUACGCCCCAAGUGCCAUCCGUUACUACUGGAUCAGUAUCUGAACACACGUCAGAGAAUCCUGCUCAACGUGUACCAUGUGUUCCUCUUGACUGCGUACAAGUUUCACACUUACGUCAAAGAGUUGCCACGGGGUGGUCAACCGAAGGACAACCCGCCAUUUUUCUGCCGAGUUAUUCUUGAUUUGGCGCAGUAUUUUCAUUCAGCAAGUUCUCGGAAGUGUCGCCAGAUGUCUCCCAGUGAAGUCACGUUUUCAUUGGACGAGCGCGAGGUGACGUGGCUUUGUUUUCACGCGUUCCAGUCGUGCCUGCGUAAAAAGCAAUCUCGCUAUGGGGAACUGCUGAAAUUUCUCAGGAAGGGCUUGUCGCAGCUACGCUUGCCAGCAGAAGAUUUCAAAGCAGUCAUUGAUAUAGAUACCUCACAACACGCUGUUUUUAAGCUCAUCCAUUGAAAGCACAUGCAAGCCUCGUGCUCAAUUGGGACACUUUCAUCUCACUUUAAACUGUCCAAGAGUUCAUCAGAUACGUUUGACCACAAAUGUGUUCACCAAAGUGCUGAUGACAAGAAGGCGCCAAGAGUCUCCGUAACAGUGUACACAUGCAGCCAGUCUGGUUCAACGACCGCCAGUGCGUUGUAAAAAUCCUCCAGAGAAGGAUGUUCUGCAUACCCCUCACUCAACAAACUUUCGGAAAGAUUCUUUGUGUUAUUAUAUCGGACCCAUCAGAAUAUCACGUGGUGUGGUAUUGAACUUUUUUCGUGAAAAAUCAUAAUACUCUUCGAAUCUCUUAACUCAGUAUUCAUGUGUGGUUUCAAUUUCCUUUUUUGGACGUUUCUGUUGAUUUCUUACUCAAAAUGAUGAAAAAAAAAAUCAAUAAGCAAGAUAUCAGUGAACAGCGCACGUCAUCAAAAGCCCGUUUGUUGUUCCUAAAUCAGUACUGAAUUUGAUCUUUCCUCCCCAAAAUUGCUGUGAAGUUAAAAAUAUUUAUUACCUGAUUGUUACUGUAAGCUCAAUGUACUGCUGUACAAGUCAUAUGUUUCCUCUUGAGUCAGGCGGUCGGAACUGCAGCAGCUGUUCAUGUCACUCAGUUUACCUGGCACAUUGAUUUAUAUUGACUGACAUUUCUACAAGCAAUUUUAGUGCAGACAAUUUGCUAAAAGUAAUUGAGUUUGGCCCGCCUUUUUCGUCGUUAAUUGCGAAAGGCAGCUGAAUUGUCAACACUUUCCGUGUAAGCUUGCCACUAACUCAUUGAAAAAAGUACAGAUCUUUUGUUGACGAUAAUUACUUCUUUUUCGCUGUACAAAAGCAUCGUCAGGUCUUGUGAUGUCAACCCGGUACUCAAGAGUAUUUCGAGGUUUUAUUUUUUUCCGUCUUCUUUGUCUUAAGCCGCAAUCUAAAAAUUACCAAAUGGAAUUAAAAUGGCUUAGUUCCAAACUGGCAACAAAGUUAGGUUGCAUGAAUGCAAGAGAAAAAUAUAUUAAGUAUGCUGGUUGAUCCCUCUUCUGUGGGAAACCCAAUCUCUAUUUCUUGACAAAGUAACUCAGCCACCUUGAAACUCUUGAAAGCUAUACUGAUUCAAUUGCGUGAUCUUAAUUUAUCUCAUCCAUUAUCUUGUUGUAAGCCAGUUACAAACUUAAUUAUAUCUUCACCCCUGAUAAUGAACUCGUGAAGAGAGAUCGAAUAUACGCCAAUUUACGAUUGGGUUCUUGAAACGUCCGUUUCUGUUAACCGCCCGUAUCAAAAAACAGCCAUUCACCGUCUGAGAUAAUUUCAACAUAAGGCGUAGUUUGACGGUUUUAAAUCUAAUUUAAGAAGCAAAACUCGUUUGCGUGAUAUCUUCACGAAUGAAAAUUGACUCGCCGCAAUAAAUCUAAGGCUUUGAGUUAAUCUGCUUAGGUGAGCAUUCCAAGAGCAUUCCUGGGGUUAUUUUUGUCCUCUGUGCUCAUAUCACCUAUCAAUAUUAGUAUUCUAUAUUCAAAAACGAUGAAGACCAAGAUAAAGCAGUCGUGAAUACUGUGUACAGCCAAGAAUUUCGCCAAGACGAAAGAUUACAACUGCAAUGUCGUGUGAACGGGCUUUUGACUAUACCGGCAACUAAACAGCUGUUAGUCACUCAGGAAAAUAGUUUGGCAGCAGUAAAACGAAAAAACAAAAUACACAAAAACAAGGCGCGGAAAGGUUAAAGUUUACAACUAAUCCGAAAUACGUGACAGGAUCCAAGUUUUAUUCUCAAAGGAAUUUCAAACUUCCCCUACUUGCCUGGUUAUCCAUUGUUCCGAUUGCAUAACUUUAGAAUAGAUCAGAAGAGAUCGACGAUUGCGAGAGAAACCCUUUUUAUAGCAAGGAAGGGAUUAAUCAUAACAAUUUCACCCACUGAUUUGGGAAACAGCGGAAACGAAAGGAGAGAAUUUGCAAACAUGAAAAAUGUUUCUGAUUUUGCCUUCGGGGUUAGCCAAUCAGAAGAUGGUCAAUGUUCUAUUAAUAGAGCAUGUUUCACGUCUAGAACAAAGAAAAUGUAAUAAAAGCGAAACUACCCUUGAAGCAGGAAGUACUUCCAAGCGCCGGAGUAAAAUCAGUACUCCUAAAAAUAUGGCCAGCAUACAAGUUCUUGAAAUGUGUGCAUGAUUUCAGGACUAAAUGUUUGAGAACUGAAAAACUUAUAAAUCCCUAUGAUAUACCAGGUUAUUCGAAACCGUAACACCCCUCACAGUCAGCUUGUGGAAAGUCAAUAUUUUAAAAAUUGAAUGCUGCAUGCUUAUAGAACAAAAAAGAAUCUUUAUGAAAGCUCUAAAUGGCUGGCUUGAUAUCGUCCUUCCCUUAAACUCGAGCUUCGGUCAAAAAAUGAAAAUACCACGUUAAGGAUGUGAGGAGUGUAUUUCGAUAUUGGAGUUGCAGCCGGGCAUAUAUAAAUCAGGUUAAAGAAAUCUCGGAAAUACUCUUGCAAAUACUUAAAAUUCCUAGUAUAUUCCUCCUAAAUAUAGCAAGAACUUCGUAAAUAACACUUAAGGUGACGUUAGUCGUGUUCAGUUUAUAUCAGCUAUAUUAAUAAAUACCGAUGCAGAAGUAUUCAUUUACGUAAACACUUUUUCUCCUAGUUUUAUAAAUAAUGACUGAAUUAAAAAAUACAAAUAUCAAAUUCCGUUCGUGCCAGCUAUUUUAAAUUUCUGAACUGAAAUGAAGCGAGAUCUCUUCAUUGUACUCGACA